CUUAGCCUGCUGAGCCACAAGGGAACUCUUAAAUCUACAUAUUAAUUACAUAAUUUUUAUUUAAAAAGCCCCUGGAACAGGCUUGUGGUCUUGAGUAUUACUGAUGGGGUGAGAAAGAGCACUCCAGAGGUACAGUGGAAUGACAUGACGAGAAAGGAAGACAGUGUCCUUUGUAGGGUAUGGGGAUGGGAAAUUGGUCCUGUUAUUUACUCUUUCAGAGGCAGGUUGGGAGAAGCGGAGAUUAACGAUGGAUUGGGUGUUGUCAUGAGGCAAGGGGAGUUCAGCAAUGGGGUAUCACCAGCAAUGGAUUGGAAUAGCAAAGCUAAGGGAGUGUCUGUGGUAGGAAAGCAGUAGUCAUUCAAAGAGGGGGUUGUGUCGUUUUACAGCUGCUGUUUGACCGGAGAAGUAUUAUUUCCUAUUAAUUUUGCUCCUGGCUUCAUCUGUGUUUGUCCUCCCAGCCUGAUCCAUUGGCAGAGUUGCCUUUUUCUUUUUGGUCCAAACUGAUAUUCACUCUUUCCGUCCUGGUCGGUUUUUAUUCUUUCAAUAUGCAUUCUGUUUUAAUCCCCCACAAUCAUCCUAUAUGAUUGCUAUUACCAUAUCUCUUUUAGAAUUGAGAAAACUGAGUUUUAGCAAGAUUAGGGAACUCGUCCAAGCCCGGUCAGGGAGUUGCCUAGUAGGAACUUGUUCCUUAGGUACCGCACUAUAAUUCAUAUUCGUGGAAAUACUCAAGGAAUGCUUCUCUUGGCUUUCAUUUGUGCCGUAUGUUACCAUACCUAGAUGCGUGAGCAUCUUUCAUGUUAAGAGAACAGUAUAAAUGCAAGGAAGAGUCUUCCACGUGAAUUUUCUAUUGUUUAAAUGAUCACUUUCACAUAGAGACAAGUGUAAUCUAAAUUCUUUAGGCACCUGAUUAACCUAGAAGGUUCAGAGUUGAUCUGGGCCCCUCCCUUCCAACACCUGUUUCCAUCCUCAUUCAGAAAGCAACACGUGCUUAAAACGUAGUAGGGCUUAAAGAGGCUCCCGCUGGAGAAGAGGGACGUGUGUCUGUGGGGUGACUUUGCUCCGGGACACAAAUUUUCAAAGUGUCUUUGACUCUAGUGUGCUAGCGACUCCCUUGGCCCACCCUGGCCUGGGCAUUUGGAUGGGGCACUCAUUCCCCAGGCCGCCUAGGACCACGGUGACCACGAAGAGGUUGGUGAAAGAAAGGAGAUGGAGAGUGCAGGCCACCCUUCUUCCCGAAAGCCUCUGCUUGGUCCUCUGCGAGGUGGGAGUCUGUCGCUUUGAUGCUUUGAUGCCAGUCUUUGGAGCGCGAACUGGGAUUUGGAGGAGGACUGCCCCAGCCCAUCCCUGGGGGCGCCUUGCGCUUGCGCGCGCGUCGCCGUGGUAACCGCGCGGCGGAAAGGCGCUGAAUCACCGGCGCGCGCUUCCCAGCUCCAGCAGAGGCUGCAGCGGGGGUGCGGGUGGGAGCCCUCCGCCCGCCGGGUUGCAUUCUCACUAGACCGGCGCUCACCUGGGCGAGCCUGGCUGGCCUGGAGCGGGGGAGCGGUGGCCAGGAUCGCUGCUGGAGUUCUUGAGGCCAAAUCUGGCUCCUAAGAAACAGCAAAGGAAGCCCGCACCAAAGGCUACGCAGGGCCAUCUCAGAAGCCUACCCCCACCCACUGUGUGAGGAAGAAUGGCGCCCCCCACAGGUGUGCUCUCUUCAUUGCUGCUACUGGUGACCUUUACAGCGUGUGCCUGUAUGCAGUGCAGUGAGGGGAGGACUUACUCCAAUGCCAUCAUUUCUCCCAACUUGGAAACCAACAAAAUCAUGCGGGUCCCUCAGACCACCCCAGUGGUGGACUGCACCUCCGCCUGCUGUGACCUGGCCAGCUGUGACCUGGCCUGGUGGUUUGAGGGCCGCUGCUACCUGGUGAGCUGCCCACACAAAGAGAACUGCCAGCCCAAGCAGAUGGGCUCCAUCAGGUCCUACCUGACCUUCGUGCUCAGGCCAGCCCAGAGGCCCGCGCAGCUGCUGGACCCGGGCGAGGUGCUGCUGAACAGGGGCUCCCCGUCGGGAAUCUGGGGGGACUUGCCUGAAGAUAUCAGAAAGGACCUGCCCUUUCUGGGCCAAGAUCGGGGCCUGGAGGAGAUGUCUGAGUACUCGGAUGACUACAGGGAGCUGGAUCAGAACCUCUUCCAGCCCAGCAGUAAGCAGGAGCCCCGAGGGAGCGCCGAGUACACCGACUGGGGCUUGCUGCCUGGUGGUGGCAGCGAGGGAGGUUUCAACUCCUCCGCUGGGGAUGGCCCAGCAGCAUCAGCGGAGAAGCAGCAGGAGGACCCGGAGCUCCAUAAACUGAAUGCGUCGGCGUGGACCCCGGCCCCUAAACACUCCCCGGAGAGAAGCUUGUUGCUUCCCUUGGUCACUGCUCCAGCUUCGGGAGAGGAGCUGGAGAAAGAGACUUUUCAGCUCCAGGAGCCACCCAGCAAGGGCUCUGCGAGAGAGGUUCUAAUGCCUUCCCGUAGUCCUCCUCUAGCCAGCCUGGAGUUCAGCCCGGCCACCAUGGAGGAAAGCCCAGUUUCCACAGUCAUGCCGUGGAGCCCAGAGCAUAGCAUUUCAACUCUUCCCGCCAGCACUGUUCCCACUGAGUCCCCCCUAUCUGAGCAACCAGCAUCUACUCCCACGGCUCCCAGGGCAGUGAAAGAACUCAUGGUGUCUGCUGGCGAUAACCUAAUAAUAACUUUACCGGAAAACGAAGUUGAACUGAAGGCUUCUGUUGUGCCAGUGCCCCCUGCAGAAACAACUUACAACUAUGAAUGGAGUUUAAUAAGCCACCCAGAAGACUACCAAGGUGAAAUAAAACAAAGACACAUGGAAACGCUUAAUGUCUCUCAUUUGUCACUAGGACAUUAUGCCUUCAAAGUAGCAGUUUCUAGUGAAAAUGGCUUUGGAGAAGGAUUUGUAAAUGUCACCGUUAAGCCAGCCGCAAGAGUCAACCUGCCUCCCAGGGCAGUUGUUUCUCCGGAGAGACAAGAACUUACUCUGCCGUUGACCUCGGCCUUCAUUGACGGCAGCCAAAGUACAGAUGACACUAAAAUAGUGAGUUAUCACUGGGAAGAAAUUAACGGGCCCUUCCGAGAAGAGAAGACUUCAGCUGAGUCCCCCGUCUUACAGUUGUCUAACCUUCUUCCUGGAAACUAUACUUUCAGAUUGACUGUCACAGACUCAGAUGGAGCCACAAACUCCACAACAGCAGCCCUCAUCGUCCACAGUGCUGUGGACCAUCCGCCCAUUGCCGAUGCAGGACCAAAUCAGACCAUAACUUUGCCCCAAAAUUCCAUCACCUUGAAUGGAAACCAGAGCAGUGAUGACCACCAGAUUGUCCUCUACGAGUGGUCCCUGGGCCCCGGAAGUGAGAGCAAAGAGGUGGCCAUGCAGGGAGUAGAGACACCGUACCUUCAUUUGUCUGCAAUGGAAGAAGGAGAUUAUACAUUUCAGCUGAUAGUGACAGAUUCUUCAAGGCAACAAUCCACGGCUGUGGUCACUGUGAUUGUCCAGCCUGAGAACAACAGGCCUCCGGUGGCUGUGGCCGGCCCAGAUAAGGAGCUGGUCUUCCCGGUGGAAAGCACCACCCUGGAUGGGAGCCAGAGCAGUGAUGACCAUGGCAUUGUUUUCUACCACUGGGAGCACCUCAGAGGUCCCAGCGCAGUGGAGAUGGAAAACAUGGACCAGGCUAUAGCCACUGUCAGCGGCCUUCAGGUGGGUACCUACCACUUCCGUUUAACAGUGAAAGACCAGGAGGGACUGAGCAGCACGACCACCCUCACCGUGGCCGUGAAGAAGGAAAAUAAUAGUCCUCCCAGAGCCCAGGCUGGUGGCAGACAUGUUCUUGUGCUUCCCAAUAAUUCCAUUACUUUGGAUGGUUCAAGGUCUACUGAUGACCAAGGAAUUGUGUCCUAUCUGUGGAUCCGGGACGGCCAGAGUCCAGCAGCUGGAGAUGUCAUUGGUGGCUCUGACCACAGCGCAGCCCUGCAGCUCACCAACCUGGUGGAGGGGGUCUACACUUUCCGCCUGCGAGUGGCCGAUGGGCAGGGAGCCUCGGACACGGACACGGCCACGGUGGAAGUGCGGCCAGACCCUAAGAAGAGUGGCCUGGUGGAGCUGAUCCUGCAGGUUGGCGUCGGGCAGCACGAGCAGCAGAAGGACACCCUGGUGAGGCAGCUGGCGGUGCUGCUGGAUGUGCUGGACUCAGACAUCAAGGUUCAGAGGAUUCAGGCCCACUCGGACCUCAGCACCGUGAUUGUGUUUUAUGUACAGAGCGGGCCCCCUUUCCAGGUCCUCAAAGCUGCAGAAGUGGCCCGCAAUCUGCACAGGCGGCUCUCAAAGGAAAAGGCUGAUUUCUUGCUUUUCAAAGUCUUGAGGAUUGACACGGCAGGGUGCCUUCUGAAGUGUUCUGGCCACGGUCACUGCGACCCCAUCACAAAGCGCUGUAUUUGCUCCCAGCUGUGGAUGGAGAACCUGAUCCAGCGUUAUAUCCGGGAUGGGGAGAGCAACUGUGAGUGGAGUGUGUUCUAUGUGACAAUACUGGCUCUCACUCUCGUGGUGCUCACAGGGGGUGUAACCUGGCUUUGCAUCUGCUGCUGCAAGAGACGGAAAAGGACUAAAAUAAGGAAAAAAACAAAGUACACUAUCCUUGAUAACAUGGAUGACCAGGAAAGAAUGGAACUGAGGCCCAAAUAUGGUAUCAAGCACCGAAGCACAGAGCACAACUCCAGCCUCAUGGUGUCCGAGUCUGAGUUUGACAGUGAUCAGGACACAAUCUUCAGCCGAGAGAGGAUGGAGCGAGGGAAUCCAAAAGUUUCCAUGAACGGCUCCCUCAGAAACGGAGCUGCCUUCAGCUAUUGCUCAAAGGACAGAUAAUGGAGCGGUUGUGGACCAGAAGACUGCCCACAGGAAUCCUUGAAUCCGGGAGAGUCAGUGGAAGUUAAAAUAUAAAACUAACUGUUGUUAGAAUAGUUUCCGUCCUUUCACACUGGGCUGGACAUGUCUCACCGCAUUUUAAAAGACCUGUUCUUCUUGGGGCUUUUGAGACACUAAAUGAAAAAGAAAAACAUUGCUCUUUUAACUGAGAUGCUCAUUCAUAGGAGUAGAGGUUGGGUGAGACACAAAGGUACAUGCUUAAAAGAGCUUAGUGGUUUUGUAGCUGCCACAGUGUUAUGUCCCUGUGUUAGGAGAAAGGUUAACCUGUUUCCACCUGCAGACCCUUAGGGAGGGUGAGUUAAACAUGAAUGUAAACAGGGCCAGUUUCUCUCAGGAGCUGUGAUUGCCUUUCAAGACGACUUUACAAACAUGGUUUCUGUUGCAGGACCCACAGAAUCCAAGGGCGGUGUGUGUCUGAGGUGCAGGUUGUCCCUUGUCCAGCAAGUUUUCUGUGCUGAAGGGACACCUGUCCAGAGCCAAGCUCUCCUGGUCUUGCUCCUUUGCCAUGGCCAACCACCACUUCUGUGCUUUCUCUAGAGAGCAGCUCCUGGAAGUUCAAGAGCUAAAUAAGAAUUGUAUUCUGAGGAGCAGAGGCAAUAGAAAGGGAGCUGGCAUUUGCCGACUUGCAGGUUGAAAGUUGAAGUUUUAUCUUUUCUUUCUCCAAGGGGGGGAAAAAAGCUACACUGAGGCGUCUCUCAGCCCCAGUUUACAUUAAGCAUAAGAAAAGUGAUUAUUAAUUCAUUAGACAUUUAUUGAGUGUAUGCUAUAGGCCAUGCAUUUGGACCUCCAUCAAUAAAGACUCAGCGACUUUGUAAUAUAUGCACUCGACCCUCCACAUCUGCGGAUUCAGGAACUGCAGGGAUGUGGGCCCCGUGGAUGCAGGAAGGUGGGUAUGACUUUAACACUGGUCAAGGUAUUCCCAAACCCUGACCAGUCUGAUGAAGAUGGUAUGCUUAUGAUAAUUAGGCCCUACGGGCACGUUCCCUAGUAACUCGAUGUGGAUAUCCACUUCAUAUGUUUAAAGAUAUAUUUAUUAAACCAUUCUCUAUUAAAUAUCUUCUUUUAAAUAUAUGAAAAAAACGAAAGCAUCCCCAACUACAUAGCAUAACCCCAGAGCAGUGAACUUUAAUUGUAGCCUGAUAAGUUGCUUGGCUGAUGAUCAGCCCGUGAUCCUGAGGCUGGUGGCCUGGGUGGUGGUGCCCUUGGCCUUCUCUGUGGGGAGAUUAGAAUGAGAGGUGGGGCCCAUCACAGACACAACAGGUGCUGUGGCAUCACACAUGACCACACCUAAGCAAUAUUCUGUUGCACAAGUUUCUGUCAUACAAGGGGGAAACUAGAGUUGUUCUGUUAUGACUACGUGGAGAGGCAAGGAGAUUAAACCAUCCAGUUGAGAUCAUCAGGACAGGAAAAUGGAGAAAAUAGUUUCCAGGGGCCACUGGAAAAAAAAAAUGAAGCUUUCGAGUGCUUUUGUUCUCAUUGCUAACAUUCAUCCUCAUGAGAAUACCGUAUUUUUCAUUAUUGUACUUUCUGGGGAAUGGCAAAAGUAAAAAGCAUAGGAAUGUAAGUUUUUUAAGAAUAAUUUCUUGUCUUAGGCCUACACUUUCUGUAUAGCUGUUCAGUUCAAUACCAUUAACGGUGUUAGAAGGAAAAUGUGAAUUUUUUACAUCACUAUUUAGCUUCAUAAACUUAAAAUCUGCCCUACCUAGUAGCCAGGGUUAUAUUAUUUUUGCGCACAACUGGAAAUUUCUGGCGUAGAGGAUGGCAGCCCAAAUAUGAGGUCAGUAGAGUCUAGUGAUGGAUACAGGAGUGAUCACCUGUUAAGUGCUAUGUAUGUAAUACCUGUACUUUACAUGCUCAGUUGAUCCUUACCAUCAACCCUGAAAAGUAGAUAUGAUUAUUCUCUUGCUGCACAUAAUGACCUGAAGGCUCAGAGAGUUUAAGUAACUUGCUCAAGAUCGCAGCCAAUUAGUGGUGGAUCUAGGAGUGGAAUACGAAUUUUUUCAAGCUACAAAAUCCAUGCUUUCCAGCCUCCUCUCCUAACUACACAAAGAGAUUCCGCCCCCACCUGUUGGGGGAAAAUUCUGGUGGACCUUUUGGAUCACUUGCAAGUUCUGUUCCUAGGACCAAGGAUUCCCUUUGUGAAGAGAGCAAAAGACAAGGGAGAGAAGCCUCCCUCCUUGCUCCCAUUGGAUCACACCCAGGGCCACCCUUCUAGGUAGCCAAGUGCUGCUUCUGCCACUCCUCCUUUUUUUGAGCCUGUCCCCAGCCCAGCUCGUCUAAUCUUUACACCACAGCUGGAUCUUGAAUCUACGGUGGGUCAAAAAUAAACGCCACACCAGUGAUCAGAAAGUGGGUCUUCUCUUGUUAUCCCGCUUCUCAUCAGAGGAGCAGAGCGUGAGGUGGGAUGGCAGCCAGCAUUCCUCCUUUGUGCACCUGCCACUAGGGCUUCAGGGAAGAGGACCUCUGGAGAGAUGAGAGGAGCAGGGUCUGAGAAUGAGGGAGAGGGCAUUGGCAGGACCCACGAGCUGACAUGAGUCUUACCUGUUGGUUAAAAAAUCAACAAAGAAGCAUCCGAAUACACAGUAUUAAGAAGCCAAGCAUGUUUAUGGCUCAAGAACCUGCCAAAAACCUGCAGUGAGGUAAGAAAACAUACCACGUGGCAUGCCAGCAGUUUCACCUUGAUGGGCAGGGGGAGGGGGAGCACCAUUCUUUGUGUGUGUGACCAGACCCUCAUGGACUGUGGCUUAAGUGUUGGUUUCUUUGUUAAAUGGUACCUUUUCCCCAUGUAUCGACAAGGUAUCCUUUCUAAUAUAACACUAUUAAACAUAUGUGCUAACCUAAAUAAAGGUGUCUGUAUUCUCU